CUCCUGUUAUUGUCAAAAUCUGCGGGCAAUCCCUGGGCUCUGGUCGCGGCGAAAAUCAAAACACCACUCAGCUGCACAUAUACGGUGCAUUGCGCUCUCGCUCAAAGGUGCUAAAGUACAGCCACGACGCAUUCGCUUCGCUGUUUCUGCCCGAGGAGUCAAUGACAGACGCAACAACGCCUGGACUCCAUGACAGAAGCGCCACCAAAACCACAUCCGAUUCACCUCAAGGCCAAAGCUCCAAACAUGGCCACAGUAACUUCUAUAGAGACCGAGGACACUCCCGCCAUGUCGCCGUCCACUCUCGAUAGUCGUCCGGUCCGCCGGGCCGCAACCAUCGGCGAAGGGUCCCAGCCAGCCCAACUUCGCCGCCGCCUCGUGAAUUCUCAAUCCACCUUAGGGACCUCGUUUGGAGAGUUCAGGCGACGCAGCUCAACCUUCUCGGACUACAGUCUAGAUGCCGCAAGAAGGAAUCUUCAUCAUGAGAUUUUGAACCCGGCGGCCAGCUUCGAUUCCGAUGAGCAUGGAGCUUCAGAAUCCUCCUUGAUGCCUUUGGCAUUUGCGCUGCUGCCAGCCGUUGCAGGCAUGUUCCACAACAAGGGGAGCGACUUCAUUACUGAUAUCAUCCUAAUUGUUCUCGCCGCUAUCUUUCUCCAUUGGUCUCUCACAGUUCCGUGGAACAUGUACAAGUCGGCCCAGCAGGUGCGCUUAGAAAACGAGCAAAUCGUCGAAUCAGCCCUCGACGAAGAAGAUGGAACGUCACCCACAGUAACAGCUAUCCAAACACCAUCCGUGGAGGUCGAAGAACCACGUACACCGAUUGAAAGCAAGCACACUACAUCUACGAGCGAGGAAAACACUAAACUAGAUAGUCCUGACAUACCUAUCGUCCCUCAACAGGAACCCCACAGCCCUCGCCACACCCGCCGCAUCAUGCGCAACCAGUUCAAGUCAGAGGGCGGGCUCGUCUCUGACUUUUCCCUAACGCUUUACAUUUUUGCAGCCGAAGUCCGGCCUUUUUCGCACCUCAUCAAGCUCAUUCAAGCGCGCACGCUACAUCUCCAGCGCAUCGUCCACAAAAACCCAUAUUCCGAGUCGGCCAUAACUCCGACCAAGUUGCAGGAUAUUCUGGAGCGGCUGGGCGAGCUGGAACAACGUGCUACGGGCUUAAAGCCAUCGAAUGGGUCGGCAAACAACCUUGACAACAACGGACAAAACGAUGGCUUGGAAGGAGGCCAGGACCAGCAGAACAUGAACCCCAAAGUCCGCGAUGGGAUGGUGCGUGAAGUCCGCAAUACGAUUCAGCCCGAUCUGGACGCGCUCAACCGUGCAGUCAGACGCUAUGAGAAAAAGGCUACUGUUCUGGCUUACCAGACAGAGGCAAGGUUGGGCGCGCUGGAUGGCAGACUAAACGAUGCUAUUGCGCUGGCAGCCGCGGCGGCCAAGGCUGGAGGCACUGGUGCCAGACCGCACGGGAACAACAGCCGCGCAACUGGUGCUACGGGCGCCAAUAGCGGGUUGAGUGUGUUCGGCCUGCUUGCAAAGGCGCUGGAUACGAUUGUCUGGGCGGCGGCCAUGCCGUUCCAGGCAUUGUUGGGUCUUGUUGUUUUGUUCCCGCUGAGGGCGGUGGCAGGCUUUCUGAAGGGGGUAACUGGAGGAAGCAGUAGUAGAAGCCGGGUUGCCGCUGAAACAACCAUGUCGGGCGGCUGGUUCAAUAACCAUGGCUCUUUUGGCAUGGGCGCUACCUACGCUUUUCCUGUUGUUAUAAAGUAUAUAUUCUUGUGUUUUCAUUUGUCAUAGUUGUCAUAGCCUGUUUGGUGAGGCGCCAGAAAGCGUAGAGCAUUGGGCGAGAUACCAACACAACGAAACCUCAAAAAGCUACAUUAUCACUACAAAAUAGACGAUACCUUUGACAUUUC